AAGCAUUUCCUUUCCUUGUGGAUUAGUUUCGCUCACCCACCUGUUCACGGUGGAUAGAGAACAGAAUGGGAAAGCUUCAAGAAUUCGAAUUAACUUUUAAUAACAACAAAACAGUUUAUACUCCAGGUGAAUCUCUCACCGGAACUUUGAAAAUCUCAAUUGGGCAGCCGAUACAAUGUAAAGCAAUUAAAGUGAACUGCCAGGGCUUCUGUGGAGUGACCACCAAAUCAAAUGACACAGACUGGACAGAGGAGGAGCAGUACUUCAGCAGCUCUGUCUCAAUAGCAGAUAAAGGCACUCUGAAAGAAGGCGAGCACAGUUUUCCGUUCAAGUUUCUCUUGCCAGCUGCUGCACCAACAUCAUUUGAAGGGCCGUAUGGACGGAUUAUAUACAGAGUUCGGGCUUUCAUAGACACACCUCGUUUUGCAAAAGACUACAAGAUAGAGAAGCUCUUCUCUAUGAAUAACACAGUCAACCUGAAUGAAAUACCUGGUAUACAGGAACCUAACUCAUCUUCUAUAACCAAGAAUUUCUCAUACAUGCUUGUGAAGAACGGGACAGUGGUGCUGAAAGCUAAGAGCGACAUGCGAGGGUAUAUUGCUGGACAGAUCAUCAAAGUGUUCGCUGAGAUUGAAAACAAAUCUGAGAAGUCAACAGGCCAUGUGGUUGCCAGUCUAAUGCAGAAAGUUACAUAUAAUACCAAGAAGCCGACAUAUGAUUUGCGGACAGUAGCGGAGGUAGAAGGACCUGGAGUUAAGGGUGGACAAAAAUCUGAGUGGAAAGAGCAGAUAAUUGUACCUUCCCUCAAUCUGUCCACUCUGACUAAUGGAAACCUCAUCCAAAUCUGCUACUACAUUCAAGUCUAUUUGAAAUACCCAGAGGUGUCAUUAACUCUGCCCAUUUACAUUGGAAGUACUGCAGUGGACCUAACUCGGCCUUCCCGGGCGGUUCCACCCACGCCAACCCCACGUAACAACCCCACCUCUGCCUUUGACCCUGCCCCUGCCCCUUCUCCUGCUGCUGCUCCCACCCCUGCCCCCUCUCCUGCUGCUGCUCCCGUCGAAUCUGCCUCUUCCAGCCUUCCACCACGCCCAGCCCCAAAACCCGCACCCAAACCCAGGCCUCGUAGCACCUACGCAUCCCCCAGUGCACCUCCCGCUGAUCUGUACCCAGAACUCCCAGAUGUGGAUAGCUACAAUGGGGAAAUGCCAAAGAGAGCACAUCAUGAGUCUGGUUCCCAGGCUCCAGUGUCUCCUAAUGCAUUCAGCUACGCUCCUGGACUCAGCUUCAGACAGAGACAGAGCUCCAACGGCCCAUCAGCACCCCCUGUUGGCAUGUCCUCUUCAGCAAGCUUGCCUCCAAACUAUAGGAGUUCAGCAUAUCCGCUUGAGGCUCCACCUUCUUAUGAAGAUAGCUGCAAUAUAUAGGAUGUUUCCCAACCAUAUGAAGAAAGGAGAAAAACAUUGCAAAUAUUCAUAACGCUCCUGUGACUUUAUUAUAAAUGCAGACCUCAAGCGCUUUUGAACCAAAUGUUUAAAUAUACAAAUUCUGUGUUCUUAAGAGGUCUGUGCUCUCAACACUGUGAUAUUUAACCUAAGAGGUCAGAUGAUACAAUGCUUCAGAUGUGGUUUGUCAGCCAUUAUGCCAAACCAUUUGGAAAUGGACAGAAAUUAGUAAUGAUCUGUAGAUCUGCCUCAUGCGAAGAUAUUUAACACUUGUUUUCAGGAGUUUUAUCAUGGAAGAUUAUUAAGUUCUCUUUUUAUUAUUAGGCUAUUGCUUGUUUUGUACAUUUGUUUUGCAAUCACACAUCCCCAGGGUAAAUUUACUACCUUUUUUUUUUUUUUUUUUUUUUUUUUUUUUAAGUGUAUUCAGGCUUUGUUUUUUAUGUUCCUGAUAAGCUGAAGAAGAAUCCAGUUCAAUUAAAAUUGUAACUUUAUACUAUGUGUGGAUACACAUAUCCUCAAGUCAUUAUACAAGG